AAAAGACAGUUAAGAUAACCCGGCAGUUAUCUCGAGGCUUCCCAUCGAGCCAUCCCCACGAGCCUUCCUCUCGCUCUCUCUGCCCGAGCGCCGCCGCCGCCACCGAAUCCAAUUCUAUUCCUGAGAUGGAUGGAAGAAGCCUUGCCCGCACGAUCGAGGCCCAAUUCGGGCCAGAGGUGGUGGCUGGAUCUCACCUUGGAUUCCGGCGCCACCGACCACAUGGUGCGCGAUUCCGAUUUGCUCUGCAACCUUCAGGAUCCGCCAUCCCAGAUACUCGUUGAGGUGGCAGAUGGCAACCAAGUGAGUGUCACUGCGAUUGGCGACAUAGACACGGAAUAUAUCAAACUGAAAGGUGUGUACUUGGUACCCAAGCUCAAGAAGAAUCUGGUCAGUGUUCAUCAGCUCGCAAGCGACGACAUACGCACAACCUUCGGCAAGAACAGCGCGGAGCUGUUUAAGGGAGGGGAGCGGGUCGGCGGCGCGAUCGCCGAAGGUUGCUUCUAUAAGGUGCGCUUCUUGUGGGCGACCGGAGAUGCCGCGCCACAUACCUCGCCGGCGGCGCCAGGAGAACACAUUACUUCAUAUGUCGCCAGUGCUGCUUCCAGCCACAUGAAAGAUCUGGUGACAAGCCUCAAGGCCAAGGAGGCCGACUGGGUGACAACCCUCAAGACCAAGGAGGCCGACUUGGUGACAAGCUUUGAGGACUCUGCUGUUCUUGUCGACUGGGUGGAAAGCAUUAAGGACAAAUACAUGAUUUGUGGUGAUUGGUUUGCUCCCACUGCCGAAAUGGAUGAGAGUGACGAGAUUGGUGGUGCUGCAGGUUGCAACAACAUGAUCAGAGAUGGAUCUUUUGUACCUGGCAAAGCACACUUGGGAUCUGAAGGUAUGCAUGGUACCAACUUCAUGAAAGUUCAGCUGAAUGAACACUGUCUGAAUGCCUGAAAAGUGAUAGUCCUGUCUCUGUCUGAAUGCCUGAAAAGUGAAUAAGAAUCCGUAACUGUUUAGAUGUUACGAUUCAUAGUAAGCUAAUGAGGAUGAGCACUGAAUGUGCUUCUUAUGAUGUAUGUAACUUUAUACAAUGUUACACACUUGGGAUCUGAAGGUAUGCAUGGUACCAACUUCAUGAAAGUUCAGCUGAAUGAACACUGUCUGAAUGCCUGAAAAGUGAUAGUCCUGUCUCUGUCUGAAUGCCUGAAAAGUGAAUAAGAAUCCGUAACUGUUUAGACGUUACGAUUCAUAGUAAGCUAAUGAGGAUGAGCACUGAAUGUGCUUCUUAUGAUGUAUGUAACUUUUUACACUUAACUUGAACUUCUUGAUGCCCCUCUCUGAUGGUACAUGAUGAAGAUUUUCUGGGCGUAUAUAUGAUAUUCAGUUCACUUGC